AGGGCGAAGGAGGAGUGUACAGCUGCUGCUUGAAUUGAUCGGAUGGUUCUUUUUUGGAUUUGCCCAUGUUUAAGACUAGUUUGUGGCUUUGAUAACGCUCUAUAUGGGCAACUGCUUGGUCACUAACAAGCGCUGUGGCUGCUUUUGUUCAGAGCUCAAAGUAUUUAGGGGAUCCAGUCCCAGCUGACAGGUGCGCACAGUGCGCAGAGAGGAUGGGCAGACGUGAGGCGGAUAGCAGAGGCGCAAUGAGCACCAACGACCGCUCCGAGCUCGGCUGUCUGCGGGACGCGGCUUCCAGCGGCCACCGUGCCGGAGAGCAGUCCCCGAGGCUGGGCAGACACCCAGACAUGGAGGCGGUUGGAGCGGCACCGAGCGCCACGGCGCCCAUGGAAGUGAAGAAGCACCAGCACAAACACAACUUGAAACACCGCUAUGAGGUGAUGGAGACUCUGGGGAAAGGCACUUACGGCAAAGUGAAGAGGGCGGUAGAGAGAGCAAGCCUGAAGACGGUGGCGAUCAAGUCGAUCCGCAAGGAGCGCAUCACCGAUGACCUGGACAGAAUUCACAUCCAGAGGGAGAUCGAGAUCACUGCCUCGCUCAGGCACUCCAACAUCAUACGCUUCCAUGAGGUGUUUGAGAGCCGGGAUAAGAUUGUGAUAGUGAUGGAGUACGCCAGCAGGGGAGAGCUCUACGAUUACAUCCAGGAGAGGAGAAGACUGCCUGAAACAGAAGCCAGAGGCAUCUUUAGACAAAUCACAUCUGCUGUCCACUACUGCCACAAGAUCUCUCUGGGUUAA